GAUUUCUUUUGAUGGAAUCUAUGCAAAUAUGAGGAUGGUUCAUAUCCUAACAUCAGUUGUUGGAUCCAAAUGUGAAGUACAAGUGAAAAACGGAGGUAUAUAUGAAGGAGUUUUUAAAACAUAUAGUCCUAAGUGUGAUUUGGUACUUGAUGCUGCACAUGAGAAAAGUACAGAAUCCAGUUCGGGGCCAAAGCGUGAAGAAAUCAUGGAGAGCAUUUUGUUCAAGUGUUCAGACUUCGUUGUGGUGCAGUUUAAAGAUAUGGAUUCCAGCUACGCAAGAAGAGAUGCGUUUACCGACUCUGCUCUCAGUGCCAAAGUAAAUGGUGAACACCGAGAAAAGGCCCUGGAACCCUGGGAUGCAGGUGAACUGGCAGCCAGCGAGGAUCUGGAGCCCUUGGAAAAUGAUGUGUCAAACGGAUGGGAUCCCAAUGACAUGUUUCGGUAUAAUGAAGAAACUUACGGUGUGGUAUCUACCUAUGAUAGCAGUUUAUCUUCAUACACAGUGCCCUUAGAGAGGGAUAAUUCAGAAGAAUUUUUAAAACGAGAAGCACGGGCGAACCAGUUAGCAGAAGAAAUUGAAUCAAGUGCCCAGUACAAAGCUCGAAUGGCCCUGGAAAAUGAUGAUAGGAGUGAGGAGGAAAAAUACACGGCAGUUCAGAGAAAUCCUACUGAACGUGAGGGGCACUGCACCAACACUAGGGAAAAUAAAUAUAUUCCUCCUGGACAAAGAAAUAGAGAAGUCAUAUCCUGGGGAAGUGGGAGACAGAAUUCACCGCGUGUGGGCCAGCCUGGAUCAGGCUCCAUGCCGUCAAGACCCACUUCUCACACUUCAGAUUUCAACCCGAAUUCUGGUUCAGACCAAAGAGUAGUUAAUGGAGGUGUUCCCUGGCCAUCGCCUUGCCCAUCUCCUUCCUCUCGCCCACCUUCUCGCUACCAGUCAGGUCCCAACUCUCUUCCACCUCGGGCAGCCACCCCUACACGGCCGCCCUCCAGGCCCCCCUCGCGGCCAUCCAGACCCCCGUCUCACCCCUCUGCUCAUGGUUCUCCAGCUCCUGUCUCUGCUAUGCCUAAACGCAUGUCUUCAGAAGGACCUCCAAGGAUGUCCCCAAAGGCCCAGCGACACCCUCGAAAUCACAGAGUUUCUGCUGGGAGGGGUUCUAUAUCCAGUGGCUUAGAAUUUGUAUCCCACAAUCCACCAAGUGAAGCAGCGACUCCUCCUGUGGCAAGGAGCAGUCCCGCAGCGGGGACGUGGUCAUCGGUGGUCAGUGGGGUUCCAAGAUUGUCCCCUAAAACUCACAGACCCCGGUCUCCCAGACAGAACAGUGUUGGAAAUAGUCCCGGCGGGCCAGUGCUUGCUUCUCCCCAGGCUGGCGUUAUUCCGACGGAGGCCAUGGCCAUGCCAGUUCCGGGGGCUGCGUCUCCUGCGCCUGCCAGUCCUGCAUCCAACAGAGCUGUUACCCCAUCUAAUGAAGCUAAAGAGUCAAGGCUUCAAGAUCAGAGACAGAACUCUCCUGCAGGGAAUAAAGAAAAUAUUAAGCCCAGUGAAACAUCACCUAGCUUCUCAAAAGCUGAAAAUAAAGGUGUGUCGCCAGCUGUUUCUGAACACAGGAAGCAGAUCGAUGAUUUGAAGAAAUUUAAGAAUGAUUUCAGGUUACAGCCAAGUUCUGCUUCAGAAUCUAUGGAUCAACUACUAAACAAAAAUAGAGAGGGAGAAAAAUCAAGAGAUUUGCUCAAAGACAAAAUGGAACCAAGUGCUAAGGAUUCUUUGUUUGAAAGUAGCAGUGGUAACUGCACCAGUGGUAGCAGCAAGCCAAAUAGUCCCAGCAUUUCUCCUUCAAUUCUCAGUAAUAUGGAGCACAAGAGGGGGCCUGAGCUCACCUCCCAAGGAGUUCAGACUUCCAGCCCAGCGUGUAAACAAGAUAAAGAUGAUAAAGAAGAGAAGAAAGAUGCAGCUGAGCAAGUUAGGAAGUCCACAUUGAAUCCUAAUGCAAAAGAGUUCAACCCUCGUUCCUUUUCUCAGCCAAAGCCUUCUACAACCCCAACUUCGCCUCGGCCUCAAGCACAACCUAGCCCAUCUAUGGUGGGUCAUCAACAGCCAACUCCUGUUUACACUCAGCCUGUUUGUUUUGCACCAAAUAUGAUGUAUCCAGUCCCAGUGAGCCCAGGCGUGCAACCUUUAUACCCAAUACCCAUGACGCCCAUGCCAGUCAAUCAAGCCAAGACCUAUAGAGCAGGUAAAGUACCAAAUAUGCCCCAGCAGCGGCAAGACCAGCAUCCUCAGAGCACCAUGAUGCACCCAGCCUCAGCCGCAGGCCCGCCGAUUGUGGCCACUCCGCCAGCCUACUCCACGCAGUAUGUUGCCUACAGUCCCCAGCAGUUCCCGAACCAGCCACUGGUUCAGCAUGUGCCACAUUAUCAGUCUCAGCAUCCUCAUGUCUAUAGUCCUGUAAUCCAAGGUAACGCCAGGAUGAUGGCACCGCCGACACAUGCCCAGCCUGGUUUAGUGUCUUCCUCAACCACUCAGUACGGGGCUCAUGAACAGACGCAUGCGAUGUAUGCAUGUCCCAAAUUACCAUACAACAAGGAGACAAGCCCUUCUUUCUACUUUGCCAUUUCCACAGGCUCCCUUGCUCAGCAGUACGCGCACCCUAAUGCCACCCUGCACCCCCACACUCCGCAUCCUCAGCCUUCGGCGACACCCACCGGGCAGCAGAGCCAGCACGGAGGGAGCCAUCCGGCGCCCAGUCCUGUCCAGCACCAUCAGCACCAGGCUGCCCAAGCUCUCCACCUGGCCAGUCCGCAGCAACAGUCAGCCAUUUACCAUGCGGGGCUUGCACCCACACCCCCUGCCAUAACGCCUGCCUCCAACACGCAGUCACCACAGAGCAGUUUCCCAGCAGCCCAACAGACUGUCUUCACAAUCCACCCUUCUCACGUCCAGCCAGCCUAUACCAACCCGCCCCACAUGGCCCACGUACCUCAGGCUCAUGUACAGUCAGGAAUGGUUCCUUCUCAUCCAACUGCCCAUGCGCCAAUGAUGCUAAUGACGACACAGCCACCCGGCGGUCCCCAGGCCGCCCUCGCUCAAAGUGCACUACAGCCCAUUCCAGUCUCGACAACAGCGCAUUUCCCCUAUAUGACGCACCCUUCAGUACAAGCCCACCACCAACAGCAGCUGUAAAGCUGCCCUGGAGGAAGCCAAAGGCCAAAUCCCCUCCCCCCUUCUACUGCUUCUACCAACUGGAAGCACAGAGAACUAGAAGUUCAUUUUGUUUUUAAAAAUAUAUGUUGAUUUCUUGUAACAUCCAAUAGGAAUGCUAACAAUUCACUUGCAGUGGAAGAUCCUUGGACCGAGUAGAGGCGUUGUAGGAACUUGUGGGCUGUCCCGUAAUCCCAUGCGCUAUUUCCAAGUCCCGCAAGUGCCCCAGCUCUGCUUGCCGAAACUGGAAGUUAUUUAUUUUUUAAUGGCCCUUGAAAGUCACGAACACAUCAGCUAGCAAGAGAAGUAACCAGAGUGAUUCUUGCUGCUAUGACUGCUUUAAACAAAAUCAAGACUUGGAAUACCCUUUUACUAACCUUGACAAAAGGUUUCAGUAAAUUCUUACCGUCAAACUGACGGAUUAUUAUUUAUAAAAUCAAGUUUGAUGAGGUGAUCACUGUCUCAGUGGUUCAACUUUUAAGUUUACUUUGUAGAUAACAUAAAAUAAAAACUUAAAAAAAAUUUAAAAAUAAAAAAAGUUUUAAAAACUGA